CCACUACGCCGACGGGAUGUGUUCUCCCAUCGGCGUAAGUCACCCACCUCCCUGAGGCAGUAGCUAGGUGGAUGGAAGAAUUCUUCUGGUGACCCAGCGCUGUCUACACCAGGGGCUGCGUCUCUCCGGUCCGGCUUUUUCACACCCCUGUGCGAUGUGGCUACGCCGAGGUGUGGCCAGCGCAGGGGACCUGAACGGUGACACACGACCCUGAGAGCUGAAGGGGAAAGUGACCUUCCCCCACUUCCCUUGGGAUUUCCUGGCCGAGACCAACUACACCUGCUCCAUGGAGUGACUCAGAGCUGGGCCUGGGCUGCCAUUUCUCUUGGGUGUAAACCCUCCCAGUUCAAGUGGGAGUGAAGCCGGGGGCCGGAGGAGCCUUGAUCACAUCUGGAAGCCGAGCGAACAGAGGGUGAAAAAAAGAAAAACUGGAAGCCUCUGCGAAUAUGAGUGACUUUUGGCACAAACUCGGCUGCUGCGUAGUAGAGAAACCACAACCGAAAAAGAAAAGGAGGCGAAUUGACCGCACUAUGAUAGGGGAGCCGAUGAAUUUUGUACACCUGACGCACAUCGGAUCAGGUGAUAUGGCAGCUAACGAGGGCCUUCCUAUGACAGGCGCUGUUCAAGAGAUGAGAUCCAAAGGCGGACGGGAGAGACAAUGGAGUAGCUCCAGAGUUUUGUAGCUCUAGCAAUGGAGUGUAGCAACAGAGUGUUCCAGGCUACGUCAACAGCCCACACUUGAAUUGCCUGUUUGCCAGACAGGUGGAAAUACAAAUAUCUAGCGCUUUAUUCACUCGAUAACUUAUGCAAACUGAUCCCAAACUUCAAAUUUUUUUUACAUGUUUUCUCAGCAUCUAAUAAGUUUUCACUGAAAGUGCAAUGUGGGUUUUUUCUUUUUUUUAAUACUGAAAGUUCCUCUCCUAAUCUCCCCCCCCCCCCCCCGCCCCGUGAAUCCCAGCAGCUUGUGUUUUUGCUGUUGUUGUUGGGUUUUUUCAGAGCCCUCUAACUCUAUUCCUGACUAUAAGCACAAAAAUAACAGCCAAGCACCAGUCUAUUCGACAGUCUUUCAGCGCUGCCGUGAAGAAUGGAAAGAUUAGCCCAUGAAACUGUCAGAGCAUCGUUUGGUCCCACCUUCGAUGGGAGAGGAAAGGUCACUGCUAAAACAUUGGUCUUCAAGCUAUACAAUUUCCUCUUUGGAAUUUGAUCCAAUUCAGGGGCUGAUGAUCAGGAUUGCUGUCAGAGCAAAACACUCCCUUAACAUCAAUGUGUUCGGUUUAACUGGUCUUUAAUAGCACCAGAAGAUAUUCAUGUCAGUGGCGCUGGGCAACUUAAUUAGCUGAGCUUUAAGAUGGGAAUAUUCAGGAGUGAUGGAGGGUCUAGUUGUCAGAGAGCGGAACUCCUGAUUGCUAGUCCUGCCUUGAACGCAGAUUCCUCUUGCAGCUUGCUCUUAAGUGCUUUCCUGAGUCAACGCCUUAGGCCUACAUUUUAAAAGGUCCCCACUCAUUUUGGGUGCCCAACUUGAAGGCACCUCGGGGGCUGAUUUUCAUAGGUGCCAAGCUUCUGGAGUCUGGGGGCGUGGUCCAGCUGAAAAUCAGGCUCUUGAUGUCGCAAGUUGAGCACCCAAAAUUAGUAGACUAUUUUCAAAGGGCUGGCCUCCCUGCCUCAGUUUCCCCAGCUCAUAACAACGUGCCUACCUCACAGGGAUGUUGUGAGGAUUAGCAUUCUGCAAAGAGCUGUUUGUGCUAUAUAACAGGACUAUUAGAAGAAAUGGAUUUACCCAGUCGUCUUGAUACUUCUUCAGGUGCACGAUGAAAUGCACAGCACAGCAAUCCACAGUGUACUUAAAAAGACAUGUUAAUGGCCAAGAUCUUCAGAACUGAAUAGUGAUCUUCAGGGCCUCAGUUUGGAGACACCUUAAUGUGGCUUGACUUUCAGAAAGCGAGGCGCACCUCUGAAAAACAUCCCUCCUAAAGUCUCAAGUUACUUUUGAACAACUUUGGCCUGCAGCUUUAAGACCUGUCUCGUGCAGUGUGUGGAACAGUUUUCUGUGAAUAGAUCAGUCCUGUAAGAGGUGGUACAUAUAAACUACUGUCAUGGUUGAAAGGGGAUCUUCCUCCAUAUUUCUGUUAGAGAUGUCAGUGUGGUACAAACGCACACAUGCGUGGUUUUUUUGUUUUGGUUUUAAGACAGAAAACUAGUUUAGAAGAGUCCUCAGCUAUAUCUCAUCUAUACUGUCCCAAUAAUGCGUAAAUAGACCAUGGCCCCGGAGACAAAUUCCUAAAGGUGAAUCGCCUAGCGAUGAUUCAGUAUCCCCUCGCAAACACGUCUGAAGAAUUACGGUUACUACCUGUUUCUGAUUGAGGUGUCCUCCAGGAGAGAGCAUCGGUCUUCAUGAAACUGUACCUGCAAUACAUUUCCUCUAAAGUGUAGCUAUGCUAGCAGGAACUGGUCCCAUCCAAAGUCACUGUGGAUACAGUCAUAAUUGUUCUCUUUAAGGCCCAGUCCAAAGCCUGUUGAUGGAAAGAACAGCAUUGGCUUCAAGGAGCUAUGGAGCAGGCCUUUAAUAUGUGACCAUAAAGUUUUCAAUAAUGAGAAGUAGGGGCCUGAGGGAUAAGACAGACACCACUUGCUGCAAUGAUUCCAACACAUCCACAGCCAGGGGGAAUAAGGGUGCUUUGAGGGCGACUCGCUCUAAGUGAAAGAUGCUCUGGGAAUGCAAAGUCUCUUCAAAGUGUUUGUCUCUGGAUCUCUUCCCUACAUCCACCUUUGAAACUAGUCCCCUGGUACAUUCCCCAGGAAAGCAAGCAGCUUUUAUCUAUGGGGGGGGGCAUUGCUCCCCAUUACCCCCGGCUUACAGGCAAUGGGCCCAAUUCAUCUCUUUACUGGAGGAACUCCCACUGAGCUCAGUGCAGUAACUCUUGAUUUAUGACCAUACACGGGAGAGCAGGAGCUGCCCAGGGUGUAAGCCGGCAGAGAAUUUUGGUCCGUAGCUCUACAAAGUGGGACGUCUGCCAUAAGGGGAAGGACUAAAUCUUGGAACAGCAAAUGAAUCAUUGGGGCCUGAUUGGAUGUGCAGCCAACGGUCGCUACAGCUCUGCUUCAGGAUUCCCAUCAAAGAGAGUGGCAGUCAGUUAUCGCUACAGUGGACAAGAGCUGCUAUGGAUGGUACAGAGUAUAAACAUCAGUGUGGUUUACCAAGUGGCUUAGAUUUGAGGCGUAUCCCAGGACUGCAGAGCUUGCUAGCCCCACCUUUAAACAGCCUUGUUUUGUAAAGGGCCGGACGGCUUGGGGGACCUGGUCGUGGGAUACGGAGCUUCUUAAAUUCUAGGCUGCUCCUGCAAAUUCAGCCCAUAUCAGUAGCCACGGAAAGCUAUCGUUAGCCGCCUGACAGCUGUUUGGUGAGUCUCCGCCCCAGUGACACACGCUGCUAUUGCGAUCGCGGGUAGUCGCUACGGCAAGGCCCAGGUUUGGAUGCACUAUGGCAACUGGAUUCCCCUCUGGAGCAGAGUGAAAGACACUAGUUGGGCUAUGUGUUGUGGGAAGCUUGCCUUGCUACUGCCCCAGCGGGAGGGAAGAUGUUGGUCUCCAAAGGUCUCAAUCUGGUGCCUUUUACUGGCAUUAAAUUCACCCCAAAAUUAGGAAAAAUAAUCUGCGUCGGGAACUGUAGGCGCUCACAGUUGACUUAAUGCUUUAUAUUGUAUGUCCCAACAUGCUUGUGGAUUAGUAAAUUGCAACCUCACAUCUUUGUGUAUCAUUGCUUAGCUAUAUACAUGCACACUGUGGUCAAAGGUGAAAAGGAAACGGUGUAUUGCAGUCUCUGUUUUUGCUUCACGUGCUAGGCUCUUUUUUGCCAGUUUAUGAAAAGUUUUAGGCCUGAUUUGCAUUGAAAGCAGAAGAUAUUCUGGAUGAAGCUGUGAAAGCUGACCUAUGGAGAUAAAAUCAGUUCUUCUGCAGAAAGCUAGUCCGUACUCUUCCACUGAUUUUUUUUUUUUUUUUUUUUCCUCCUGUAGCGUGUUGCUUUCCUUGGUAUUUUAUAUAUGAACUGCAGAUGCUGAUUCAGGUUUUCCAAAACCUGAUACUAAAACUUUUUGUGCUAUCCUGAGGGAGUGUGUCUUUAGAACUGCCAAAUGCAUUUGUUGACAUGGAACAGUUUGUCAAAAUGGGGAUGCUGCCAUCCUUUCUAUGAGCACAUACUGAGGUGAGGGGUGUGUGUGUGUGUGGUGUGUGUUGGGGGGCAGGAAGGGGUGUUAAAUGGUUUGCCCUGAACUGGAGUCUGUUUGAUGUACAGUUAAGAUCCUGACAGUCUCUGCAUUUUAUUUUUUUUAGUCCUGUUUGUACAUUGACAGCUAGAAAUUUACAUAAAACUACUGUUUGGCUCAGGCUCUGAAGGCCUGUUGCAAAAGCAUCUUGUUUGCCUGCUAGUGUUCCUACAAAGUGAAGGGGCAUUAUUGGUCAGCAUGCCAGGUUCCAGUCAGAGGAACAAGCACUCCUCUUUUAGAUUAGUGGAAAUGCAGAGUGCCUCCAUCUAACUCCAUGUAAAUCCAGAAUAACACUGAUGGCAACACUGGAUUUACACUAGUUUAAAUGAGGGCAGAACCUGGCCUUGAAUUGGUGACAUUUCACACAACAGAGUAGGAAACACACCAUUUUGUUUGUUGCAAGAUGCGCAUCUAUUUUUGCAAGCUUUCAGAAGAAGAUUUUAACUGCCAUUUGGAACCUGAUCUCGAUCACACAGGUGCAAAUCUGGCAUCUGACUCCAGAAGAGUUGCUCCAGGUAUACCCUGCUGACAGAAAUCAAAUCUGGCCCUGUGACUUUUUAAAAAAAUCACUGUCAGGUUAAAUCCUAUUUUAAAACCUCACAGAAUAAAUUUCUGUAUUGUUAGAUGAUUGUAACUGGAAAAAAAAUUAAGUCAAGUUCACAUUUCACUAUUUAUGUAGUUUUUAUUACUUUGUGUGUUUCUCUCAGCUUUGACAGUGAAAAUAGGUCAUUUUCCCCUUUUUGUUUUCUAGUCAGUUUCAGUUUUAUGUUCACCACCACUAGCCCAACAUUGCAGUGUUUUGCAACCCAAAUACUGCAGGGGGAUGUAAUGUUUGUGUGGUGGUUUUUGUUUUUAAAUUGUUUCAAUUUUUAAAAUUUUAUUUUCUAUCUAUAAGUGGAUAUUGGUUUAUAAAAGCUUGUUUUUAAACAAAACCUGAGUUUUGGAUCCCAAUUUGACCUGACAGGUCACUAUUAAAUGAAAAUCAUCCCUUCCCUACCAACCUCUCUGGUCCGUGGUAUCAGUGCAAAACCCUUUCUUACCAUGCUCUGCAUGUCUGUUUGCGUUGAGAAACAAAAUAAGGACCAAUAUUCUGCAGUCCUUAAUUGAACCAAACUUCCAUUGACGUUAACAAGCACCCUGCUCUUACUGGAGUCAAGGGCCAAGUGUGAUACGCUCAUUUUAAGGCCCUGAUCCUGCCCCAUUGAAGUCCAUGGGAGUCUUGCCACUGGGAACAAACUUUAGCACUAAAGGCCUGAAGCCACAGCAGGCAGGAGAGGCCUGAUUCUCUGUUGUCCUGCAUGUUGUGCGCUCAUUUACAUGAAUGCAAAUAUUGCCGAACAGAAUGGCAGUGACUUUACAUGCUUUAAAUAACUGCACAUUGUGCAGGAUGAUGGAGAAUGACAAGGACAUUUCUUCACACAUGACUAGGAGGCAGCAAGGAACCUGUACUUGGGCAUAUAUUUAUCCUCAAGAGUUUCCCAAUGAGCAGAAGCAAUUGCAAUUGGGGCAAAUCAAAUGCAAAAGCGAGAUCUGGAACAGUCUUAGGCAAAGACCAGAAUCCCUGUGGAUAAAAUAAUCCUGAAAAACAACCAUCUCAUUCAAUGCUGCAGAAGCCUGACGGCUUUCUCUGCUCUGCCAAAUCCUCUCUUUGCUGAAAGAGUUCUGGCAAAGGCCAUUUCUCUUUUACUUCCUGGCUGUUUUGGAGAACUGGGUCCUGGACCUCCAUCACUUGAGUGCCCCAAAUUCCCGUGGAAGUUUGGGGUGUGCAAGAAAUGGAGGAUCUGUGGAUUUUUUUUUGUUUGUUUGUUUUUUUUAAGGCAUAAGCAAAAAAAAAAUGGCAGAAUGGGUAAGAAGGAGGGAAUCUGUUCAAAUGCUUUGCUGAAUGAACUCACUUAGCCAUCAUACAUUUGGAAAAGAUCAACUGUUGGCAAAGGGGGAAAAAAGCACAGGACUUAUUGCAAGAAUCUGGCUCAGUUUUCCAAUAACUUGAUUUUUAAAUAAGUAAAAUUCUAGCUCCUGCACAAACUUGGAUAUCACAGCUGGCCUGUUGAAAACAAUCGCUCUGAUGGAAUAGCUGGGCUAUUCUGAUGUUGUUACCUAAACUUUUUUUUUUUUUUUAAAGCAAGAAACGCAUUGCAUAUAAAAUGGUGUCCCUGUGCUAAAGAAACUUAGCACUGGGAAGCCAUAGCGCUAGCUAUCCGGUGGAUCCCUCUUACAAUAAAUCCAAAUACACUGAAACGUAUUUAUCAUAAUAAUCUCUGCUGUACUGAGACACUGUUGUAGAGAAUUUACAAUUAUAUUCUGCUGUGGAAAAGGGUUUUAUGGGGGUGGGGGAGUGUCUGUGGAACAGUUGUAGAGAAAUAUCCUUCUUUCUCUUUUACACACCUUAGCUUUUCCUACACAGUGUGUGUUUGAAAAUAAAAUAAAAGUCAAAGAU